CUGAAGGAGGCGGUGACCCCGAGGAGGUCAAGGGUGAAAGGUCACGGCUGGGGUCCCUCACCGGCCUCCCUCAGCGCUCGGUGCAGCCUGCGGAGGAGGGCGAAGGGGACGCGGGGCUCCUCAUCCUCCUCUUCUUGGGCCAGGGCGGCCUCCAGCUCGGCCCUCAGCUCCGUUGGGACCUCGAGGCCCGAGAGGAGGAGGCGCCCACGGAGCGCCCUUCCCGCCCGAAGAGAAGACGCCAUCUUGGCAAAGAAAGGAAGAGAGCGCCUUCCUCUCUAUGGUCGCGCGGCGGCGCCUAGAGCGGCCCUGGCGCAGAGGACGACGGGAAAGGAGCGCCCGCGCGCGGGGGGUUGUGGGUAGCGGCGCUGCUGCUGCUGCUGCUCAGGGCCUCGGACUCCUUCCUUCCUUCCUCCCUCCGCGGAAUGGCGGCGGCGGCCGUGGCUGCUGCUGCCGCCUCCUGCUCGGUCCGUUCUGCGGCUGCGCGGAGCCGGUGCUGGGCGUCGGUGCUGGGACGGGCCCGGGCCGCCUCCUCCUCUUCCUCCUCCUCGGGCUCCUGGGGUCUCCCCUGGGCAGCCAGGGGUCUCCUGCGGGGCUGGACGGGGCUCCCCCCGAGGCGCUUCCUCUCCUCGCGGAACCGUCCUGAGGGCAAAGUCUUGGAGACGGUGGGUGUCUUCGAAGUGCCAAAGCAGCAGGGCAAAUAUGACACAGGACAGGUAAGUAGGUUUUGGGAGGGACCCUUGUUUUAGGGAGGAAAGCAAAGACUAGUCUCUUCAUACAUGCAGAUAAUGGUCAUUGGUUUCAGGGGGGCAUGUUUAUGGACCUCUGUAUCUACUGUAUUUUUAACUUUAUUGUUUUUAACAUUAAUGGCAUUUUAAUGCGGUGAUGUAUUUUAACUUUUCCUAUUAAGUUUGUAGU